CUUUGGGGCAACUUCUGGGUUCCUGUUUCAAGUUGGUCGCCAGGAGGUAAAAUUCACACCCGAAGCUCCCGAACCGUUGAACGUGACUUGGCCCUUUCCUCCGAUGAAGCCACGAAGCGAUAUCGACACCUCCCAAGUCGAAGGGAAUGCUUCCUCGGAAAUAAAACACAGGUUGCUCAGCGGUCUGCAAUCCAUGCGGUCGAGCCGCAUCUCGCAGUCGACUGGCAAGCCCUUUGGAGGUUUCGAAGCCGAGCUUGUGUCUCGGCUGCGACUAACAGAGGCAUCUAUAUCGUCGAAGACAGAGGAACCGGAGAAACUUGAAGGCCGUGUCGUUUUCCAGGUGAUUGUGGAUGAAGAAAUGCUUAAUGGUGCUGAAAACAUGCACGGUGGAUGUUCGGCCAUGAUGAUUGACAUCUGCUCGACAAUGCCCAUUUACGUCCUUGGGGCCUCGACACGCGGUCAUGGCAUAUUUGGCGUAUCACAGUCUUUGAACAUUGUCUAUCAUUCACCAGCAUUGUCGGGAGACAAGCUACGCGUUGUGAGCACAACACUCGCCGUUGGUGGCCGGGCGCUCUCAAGUCGUUGUGAAAUAUGGAAUGUUACGCGACACCGAUUAGUAGCAUCAGCUGUACACAUCAAGAUGGUUCCGUCUGAACCGAAGGUAUCUGAAUCUGCCAAACUCUGACCUACAUCAUGGGGCGGUCACGAGUUUAGUGAUUUACACAAUUACACUGUAUAGUGCGUUGCAUUAUGAAAGAUGUUCAGUCUUUGAUUUGGACGCAACAUGUUUGUAUAUAUUUGUGCCCAGUGUAACUGUCACGUGCACACUCUAUCUCAAUGACUUCAGUAGAGGAUUGUUAUUAUUAAGAUAGGCUUCACUCAUACAGUGCACUGUUACGGACUCAAUCUUGGUGCGAUAAGGAUUUUUUUUGCAUUUUUUGCAUGCAAGUGGGUCAAAUGGUCAUGAAUCUGCAAU